AUGCGACUCGAUCCCAACGCCCUCCCGCGCGGAGGCGCCAUCUGGACAUGCGCCCGAUGUAAAAACUCGCAUUCGCCGUUCCAAGGCUCACGGCGCGGAUAUAGCUCCUCCAAGAGACCUGUCAAGAUUAUUCGGCCGCGCAGAGGCGUGGUCUGGGCGGCGGCUGGUGGUGGUCUAGGAGCGAGUUUACUAUUCUUCGGCGAGGAUAUCAAACAUGGUUGGCUUGCCGCAGAACGCACUGGUCGGGUGGUCACGGCGUUGGCAGUGUGCAUCAAUGACUAUCGAGUUGCGCUCAAGCAAGACCUCGACGACCCCGAACAGGAAUCCGCCAUCCUCAAAGCCUGCCACAAACGCUGCGCCGAACGGACGUUGAAAGUGCUGGAGAAGAAUGGCUCGGUCUUUAUCAAACUCGGCCAACACCUGUCGUCCAUGGGUUAUCUCCUGCCCACGGAAUGGACCGAGACCUUUAUCCCUCUCCAGGACAAAUGUCCCGUGUCGUCGUUCGAGUCGAUAGAAGACAUGUUUCUCCGCGACACCGGCCACCGGAUAGAAGACGACUUCGACGAGUUUUCAAAGGAGCCCAUUGGAGCGGCUUCGUUGGCACAGGUGCAUAUCGCCAAGCUGAAAAACUCCGAUCAGAAGGUAGCGGUCAAGGUCCAACAUCCCAGUCUGGAAGAGUGGGUGCCGCUGGACCUGGCCCUGACCAGAUUUACCUUCCGCACGUUAAAAAGAGCCUUUCCCGAGUACGACUUGGAGUGGUUGAGCAGGGAGAUGGAUAUCUCCCUGCCGCAAGAACUGGAUUUCAAUCUGGAAGGAACAAACGCCAUGAGGGCCAAGGAAUACUUCGAACAACACACCAACCUGCCGGUCAUCAUUCCGAAAGUCAUCUCCGCAAGGCGACGCAUCCUGGUCAUGGACUACGUGACGGGAGCCCGAGUGGACAACUGGGCCUACUUCGACCAGAAUAACAUCUCCAGAGAGGAAGUGUCGGCGGCGCUGGCCAGGAUCUUCAAUGUCAUGAUCUUCCAAAACGACGCGCCUUUACAUUGUGACCCACACGGCGGCAAUCUCGCGGUUUGCCAUAACCCGAAGCGAAGGUAUCCGCACAACUUCGAUGUCAUCCUUUACGACCACGGGCUCUACCGCAUGCCGGAUAAGAAGCUGAGACACGACUAUGCCAAGUUGUGGCUGGCCGUCAUCAACGGCGAUGAAGCGGAAAUGCGCAAAUACGCCUACGAAAUCGCCGGCAUCACCGACGACCAAUUCCCCCUCUUCGCGUCGGCCAUUACAGGUCGCGAUUACCGGGUCUUGAAAAGCCACAAAAUCGCCACGUCGAUGCGCGACUCACAUGAGAAGGAGGUCCUCACCGAAGCCUUUGGGGACGAUCUCAUCCAGCAACUCGUCCAGCUUUUGGGACAUGUCCCUCGGAUUAUCCUUCUCAUUUUGAAAACGAACGAUCUCACCCGCAGCUUGGACGAGUCGUUGGGAUCGAAGCAGCCAAUGCGGCCUAUGAUGAUCCUUGCGCGGUACGCUAGUCUUAGGGUGUGGGAGGAGGAAAAGGACAGGAUUCGUCGGCAGGGAGGUUUGCUAAACCCGAGGAAUUUCUUCACUUUGUUCCAUGCCUGGUGGAGUCACAUGAAGAUUGAGCUGAAGUUGUUUGGUUAUGAGCGGUAUUUGUCUAUACGGAGGCAUCUGGGGCUUGAAGGGUGA